AUGUCAAGUGGACGCAGUGCACGCCUACCGCCCACGCCCACGCCCACGCACAACGCCAACAACAAGCACCGUGUGGCAGCAACAGCAGCAGCAGCAGCAGCAGCCGCUGCUGCAGGUGAGCCCAACAGCAACAACAUGCUGCAAUACAGCAGCGGCAAUGCAACAGCCAACGGGAGCGCUGCGUCGGCGUCGGGCUUAGGCGUAAGCGGCCUUCAAAUGGGCAUGAACCUGACCAGCAUGUCGACUGGCGUUGUGCCCGGCGGCUAUAACCUUGGCUCGCUCUCCGGGGGCUGCAGCAUUUCAACCAACGAUGCGGCAACGGAGAGCAUACCGGGCGAAACCAUCGAUGUGCUGGGCCCCGAACUGGCGGUGGCAACCUCGCAGGUGCUUGAGAAUUUGUCGGAGAACGAGCGCAAGAUGAUAAUCGAGGUGCUCAAUCGGGACGAGUCGGUGCGGCAGCGUGAUGCUACCAGAAUAAUGCUUUUACGCGCCGAAUUGUAUGCGCUGAGGUGCAAGGUCGUUGGUGGAGCAGGAGCGCAGCCACAGCAAAAACCACUCGACGCCACACAAGAACAACAACAACAAUUAGACCACCACCACCCCCAACAACAACAGCAAACAAUGCAACAACAACAACAACAGCUUGAACACAAGAAUCACAAUAAUGUACACAACGACUCGAAUCGCCACUGCGCCCGCUGCACCACCGAACUGGGCCGCAUCACCAACCGCGGCGCCCCCUGCCGCGUCUGCAAACUGCGCGUGUGCAAAGCCUGUCGAGUCCAUCAUGCACUGGACUGGGUGUGCGUGGUGUGCCACAAGCAACUGGAGUUACAGGCCGCCAGCGGUGAGUGGCUGAAGGAAGCCUAUGCGUCCUGCGAGUCUGUCGAUCAUUUAAGCACCAGCGACGUGCUGCGGAAAAGCAUACGCCGCUCCUGGACCAUAUCAAAUCCCGAGGACGAUCCGAAUAAUCCGAAUUCGCAACAACCCGUCACCGACAAUCUGUAUCCACAGCAACAACAUUUAAUUGAAGCACAAUCGGCGGGCAGCUAUCCCUCGUUGCAUCAAAAUACGCUGCAUCAGCAGCUGCAGCAGCAGCAGCUGCAACAUCAUCAGGCGCCCCCGCAGCCGCGCCAGACGCACAUCAUUAAUUAUAGUAGUGGCACUGCCACGCCCAUUAGUGGCAGCAAGUGGCAUUUGGGGCGUCGGGUUUUACGCCAAUCGACGCUGCCCAGCACACUGAAUAACGAUCCGAAUCUGAGCGGCAGCGGUGCCAAUUUGGCCAAUUACAAUUCGGCGAAUCUGACCGCGCCCACCUCGCCGCAUAAGGUGCAGAACAAUCCACUCUAUCCGAGCGCCUACAACAGCGACGAUAUAAUCCACAUGAACACCGCCGCCGACUGCGACAACUACACCCAGAUAUUGAUACAGCAGCCGCAGCCACAGCUGGAGGCAGCAGCGAGUCCACCCACGCAUAGCCAUCGGCUGCAGGUGCGCCGCCAGUCGACGCUGCCGGCUAAUCCAUGCCAGGCGCCACCUACCAUUUACAUGUCCACCUCACCGAAUCGCGUCUAUAGCCGUUCGCCGGAACGGUCGCCGGGCGAACAGCAGCGUUAUACGCCCUUCACGCGCCAAACAUCCUUCCCGGAGCCGCCGAGCAACUAUCAUCGCACCAAGUUGCUGCCCAGCACAGCCAAUUUGCCGGCUCCGACCAGCCAAUCCUCAUCAGCAGUCACAACGGCCACUGCGCCGCCGCUCAACUACGAAUCGCAGGCAUCCAGCAUGGCCAGCGAUGAGAUAGACUAUAGUCAGACGUUUGGCAAGCCACGCAUGAUGCGCCAGGCCACAUUGCCCAAUCCCGAUCAGCACGUCAAGCUGCUGCCCACAUCGCCGCCCAAGCGCCAGACCUCUCCGCAGUUCCGACGCUCGCCGGAGUUUACACGCCAGCAGACGCUUCCAAAUCCGGAGGCUUUUAGUAGCGGUAACACGCUGACCGUGCACCAGGCGCCACCGGCCAAAUUUAUGCCCAUCUCGCCGCGCACCAAGCAGAACUUCUUGUUUCCCAGCGUGCAGAAUCCACGCCAGUUUCUCUCACAGCAGAAUGUGCCCACUGUGGGCGCGGUGGAUCUGGGCAGCGGCGGGAGCGUAGCCAGUACCGCCGGCGAGCAGUACUCGAGCAGCCAAAGCGUCAAUAUACACCAUUCGCGCGAUCCGCACUCCAAGAUGAUCAAGGUGCGCAGCCACAGCAACGAGGAGUACUCGAACAGCAGCAAAGCCCAUGUGGAGAGUCGCCGACUGCUGCCCGAAAUACCCACUACGCAGCGCUCGCAGAGCCGCUCUCCCAGCCGGCUGGUGCGGCAGGACUGCCUCAAGGAGCAGGAGCACGGCUCCCGCACCUUCGGCGAGGCCAAGCAGCAGUUCAAUCAGUUUCCCGAUGUCAGCGAGGAGCUGGAAACUCAGCCGGAAUACGUCGAUUACUUUGGAAACAGCGCCACCAGCUUUCUGGAGUCGGAUGAGGUCCAGUACGAGAAGAACUAUAAUGCGGGAUUCAGCAGCGAACCGCGUAUCAUCUACAACAAUGGCUCCGACGAUUCUCCCUACAAGCCGAGAAACACGCGGCCCAUCUACAGCGCCGAGAACGUUCUGGCGGGCGGCGAUGGUGGCUAUGGGGCGGCUCCACUGCCUGGCUUUUACACGGACAUGGGCGCCACGGGCCAUAUGAUGCACAGCGGUGCGGCCCUUCCACGCACUCCGCUCAUGCACAAUCGAAUGCGGCGACGACAAUCCCGGGAGCUGCCCAUGCCACAGGAGGAGUACGGAGCGGGCUUAGGCGAAGCGGCUGCAGCGGCAAUGGCAACCACAGCCCCGGGCGCCUCAGCAGGUGCCUCGGCAACAGCAACGGAGCAGAGUGCAGCAGAUCGUCGCAAGCCGGAGCAAAUGCGUUCCGUGUCGGAGGAUUCUGGCGCCAAGACGGCGCCCAAGCCCGUGACGCGUCGCUCCUUCUCGCAUCCCGAAAAGGACUCAACGCCACCAAAGAAACUGGAGACCUCGAAAAUACCCAGCCCCCGACCGCUGGCCGAUAUAUUGGACAAGACGCGCGGUGGCGCCUCGAAGAUUCCCCAAGCGCGUCGUCGCAACAGCCGCGGCGAGGAGGGUAGAGUACCACAGCAUCACUACUCCUUCCAUGAACUGCUUAAGCACCAGAACUCUGACCUAACCAAUCGCUUGAAAAAAACGCCAAUUCCCGUUAACACAGUCCCAGCUAAAGAGGACGAGCCGGCCGCAGCAAAGACAGCAGAGGCUAACGGCAAAUGCCCCAACGCUGGCAGCAACAAGGAGGCCAGUGAGACGGAAGGCGCCGCAGCACAGCACACCAGCACCUUGGGGGAGCAGGAGCUGCAGAAUGCAGUGGAGGCAGCUGCCGUUGUCUUCAAGAAGGUCGUGCUGCAGCGACGCAAGGAGAAGGCAAAGGAGAAGGCCGCCGAGGAGGGCUCGCAGCUGGCAGCUGGCGCUUCCGGUGACAGCAACGGCGAUGCCAUGGAAACAUCGUCGUCGUCGGAGCUGGAGUUCAGGUGCAGCACCGCGUCCACGGCGGCUCAGUCGCAGUACAGUGUCGAAGCGGAUGAGUUCAAGCUUGUUUUUCUAAACUCGGACUCGUCAUCGUCGUGCAAAGAGGAGGAGGAAGAAGACGACGACGGUGACGGCAAUGAUACGGAUACCGCGUCCAGUUCCUCCUGCACAUCCACGCACCAGUGUCACAGUAUUGUGAGCAAUGUGGAGGACUGCGAUUGGGAUUACUUUGAACCCUCGAUGAUUGCUGCAACGACAACGACAACCACAACCAUGAUAGCUUACGCCAGUUCAAUGACGCCCACAACGCCUACGCCGCCGCCACGGCUGCGGCGCAAGUCCAGCGACAGCGAUUCUCCCCUGCUGCAGCGUCGCCAGCAGCUGCGCAGCUAUUGCUCCAAGAUACGUGAGAGCGACACCGGCACCGACGAGGAGCUGCACAUGCAGGCCGAGAGCAGCUCCCAGACCAGCUCCGAUCAGAACCAGACGCCGCCGACGCCCACGCUGCCACUCAGCAUGAAGGCGCGCAUCAAGACGCGAUUCCUCAAGAGCCACCACCACUAUCAGCAUCAUCAUCACAGCCACACACCCAGCAGAUGCGGCUGCAGUGGGGCAACAACCCCACAGCAGCCCCAAUAUGUGCCCAUACCCGUGCCGGUGCCCAUACCCGUGCCACUGGCCGCCUACCACAACUGGCAGUUGGAGCAUACGGGCGCGCCGCUGCUCGAGCAGGACGAGCACCUGGCUGCCUCGCUGCAGCAGCUGUGGCAGGCGGCGGCUGCAGCCUCGUCGUCACCAAACUCGCCACAGCAACAGCAGCAGCAACAACAACAGGCAGCAGCUGCAGCUGCCGCCGCCGCGGCCAUGGUUGCUUAUUCACAGCAAUUCGCCGCGGCCAGCAACAUGUUUGAUGCAACACCGCCGGCAACAACCAAAAGCUAUCAGCAAUUGCCAACAACAACAAGUCAACUGGGCGGCGGUUUUAAGUCCUCGGCGCCGGAGCUGAGCGCCUCGCUGGGCUCGCUGAUGACGCAGUCGCUGUGCUCCACUGCGUCCACGUCUUCAUCAGCAACGUCCGGCUAUGGCACAGCAGGUCGCAGCCUGGAAACAUUAGCCGGCUGUCUGUGUCUGGCACAGCAACAACAACAACAACAGCAUCAGCAGCAACAACAACUGGCCAGCCAAAUGGCUUUCAAGCCAGCUCCAACAAGUUUAGGUUUAGUAUUGCCGCGCACGCCGUCGGGUGAGCAACAACAAACGCGUCGUUCGCUCUGUGUCGAUGCCGAUGCCGUUGACGUUGACGUUGACGUCGCCACAACGCCCACAACAACAGUGAGAUUGUGUAAUGCGAAUGAUAAAGGUAGCAGCAGCGACUGCGACUGCGACGCCAGCACCAGUGUUAAAUUUAGAGCACAUGUUGAUGUUGCCGCUGUGCCUGAUAAAAGCGAGGCGAUGCCAGCAGCAACAUUGACAGCCAAGCUGCCAAAUAAAUGCCAAAAUCUAUGCGAAACUGUGCAAAACAGCAGACCAACAGCAGCAGCAGCGGGCACAGAAACACAAACACAAACAGAAAAGACAGAAACUGAAAGACAAACCUACCUGGCGAGUAACAACCACGACGACGACAAAGACGAAGCAGCGGAGGCAGCAGACGAAACAAAUAUACAUAAAAAUCAAGUACCAGCAACAGCAGCAACAACUACAACAACUGGAGCCACAUUGAGUGCGGCUGCUCCUGCGGUAAUAACUCGUUUCAGCGGCGGCGGCCAAGUUGCAGUCGAAAAUGUUGAGAUUGUUGCCGCCGUUGCGCCUAGAGAGCAACAACAGCAACUGCAGCAGCAGCAGCAGCCACAACUAGAGCCGCAGCUAGCGAGGAAUUUGUCCUCCCAUCGGUUUAUAAAUAAAAAACCCACAAAUAUGUCCGAGAGCGAGCCAAGUGAGGUGGCGGCGUUUGGCCAUUUGCGCAGCGAAAGCUACGCCGCCAACAGCAGUAACAGCAACUGCAGCAGCAGCAGCAGCGGCAGCAACAGUGAAACUGAAGAUGAGCGCAGCCCACGCAAAUUGGUGGAGCGCAGCUACGAUGUUGCCUUGGCCAUGCAGGCGGAGAUGGAGGAGCCACCAGCGCCACAGAGACCAGCAUUGCCGGUGCAAAUGGUGCAUCACAGCACUACCGACGGCAGCAGCAGCAGCAGUGAUUCCAGCAGCUCCAGCUCCGAGUCAUGUGACUCGGAUGACACCGGCACCGUCGCAGAUCGGCGACCCAAGCGCAAACGUUUCAACAAGGUGUUUGUAGUAAAUCGACAGGUGGGCCAGGCGGCGCGUGCCAGACGCAGUUCAUCCACCGAGGGUGAUUCAUUGUCCUCUUCGGAUGCAAAUCUCGAAGAUUCAUCAGAUAACGAUACGGAUACCGAACGCACCGACUGUGGCAUUGUGCUAAACUACGUAAAGGCAUUGGCCGAGGAGCAGGAGGAGGAGAAGGAGGAGGCUGAGCAACAACAACCAAUUGCAGCGGCAGCGGCACGUGAUGCCAGCGACGAAGAUGAAGAUGAUGAUGAAAGUGAACGCCGCGUUGCCAACUCAAGCGAUGAGCUUGCCAACUGCAUUGUGGUUGUGGGCGGCUGCACCGACGACGACGCCAAUGCCGGCGGCGUUGUGCUGCAUAGCAUGCGCGCUCUGCCAGACGUCGAAGAGGAGGAGCAGGAGCAGUCAGAGGAGCAAUCAGAGCAGAGCAUUGAGCAGCCGCUGCCAUUCGAAUUAAGCUCCGUCCUGGCUGCCUGCGAUGAGCUGCACAGCAUUUCCAACGAUGUGAAUCGCCUACUGGCGCUGCACAAGCAAAACUCCCAGUUGGAGCUCAAAUUGCAGCGACUGCGUCGCGGCGUGGCCGAAAUCAAUGAGGAUCAUCUGCUGCUGCCCAGCACUGCUGCGGCUGCCGCCCACAUGGAGCAGCAACAGAAGCAGAAGCCAAGCGAAUGCAGCAGUCAAAUGCUUAAAGCAGGGUGUGCACCUAAUGCACAGCAGGCGGAGAACAUAGAGGAGGCGGUGGCCCAAACAGAGGCAACCCUCGUGCCGGCCAGUUGCCAUUCCCAGAAAGGCGUAAACGUUAAUUCUAAUGACGAAAGCGAAGCAGCGAAACAAAACGAACCAAGCGACGCCGAGGGUAAGCAUGUAAACGAAGAAGAACUGGCAAAGCCAGAGAAAACAGAGGCAGCGACUCUUGGGUUUUCAUGCCAGCAGCGGCAGCAGGUAAAAGCAAACACCGAUAAUAAACUAGCAGCCAGGCAAACAACACCAGCAACAACAACAACAGCGACAACCAUCGCAGAGCGAACAGCUGUGCAAACGCUGGCAAUGGCGGAGGGGGACGCUGCGGGCGGCGGUAUACGCAGCGAAGCAUGCAAAAUAAACGACGAUUUGUUCGUCGACUCGUCGAACUCUCACUCUCUCGCCAUAACGAGUAAAGCACCUGAAGCACAACAACAACAGCAGCAAGAAGAACAGCAGGUAGCUGGGAGAGCGACAGCUGCUGAGCAUAAAGAGAGUGCGCUACCUGUUGCUAAUAAAGCCGAUUGCGCAGCCGAUGUGAAGUCGCAGUCGGCAUUGGAAACGGCGGCGGCAGCGGAGUCAGUCGAAAAUGAAAUGUUAAACGUUGCGGUUGAAGAGCCAAACGCGCGCCUAACGUUGUAUACUAACAACAACAACAACAUUAAUAAUAAUAAUAGCAGUAGUAAUAAUAACAACAACAACAACAACACUGGCCAUAAUGACGGCGAUUUCGCAGCACAAAAGACAAAAGGCAGCAGCAACAAUGCUGUCGUUGUUGUUGGCCAACAUAGCAGCAGCAGCAACAGCAACUGUGACGUAGUGAAUGUGAAUAUGAAUGUGAAUGUGAAUGAAGCAUCGUCGCGUGUGUUUGAAAGUUGUGAAAACGAAUACGACAAAAUAUUUGGCAGUCAUCAAGAACUGCAAAUCAACGAACAAGCAGCAGCAACAGAGGCAGCAGCAACAACAACAGCAACAACAACGACGACAACAACAGUUGCUGCAGCCAAGAAUUCACUUUCAGCCAAAUAUCGCAGUUUAGUGAUGAUUACAAAAGACAAUGAAAGUGCAACAACAACAACAACGACAACAGCAGCAGCAGAAACAACGACGAAUAACGACAACGAUUAUGAAAUGGCAGCGAUUGGCAACAGCAACAACAACUUUGGCCAGAACUUUGGCAAUGAGUCAGACGAUACGCUGCGCGCGGAGCUCGGCGUCGAACUGUUGCCAGUGACGCCAACGCCAAGUGAGCGGGAAUUGUCGCGUGACUCCUACAGCGUGGACUCGCUAAAUGAGCCGAGCGUGCGGCCCAAGCUCAGCCUGGACGAUGGCCUGGCCGAUGAUGAUUCCUGGGUGGAGGAGCUGAGUCAGCGCGGCGAUGGCGACGAGGAGGAGGACGAGAAUUUGAGCAAUGCAACGACUACACCGACGGCCACCGAUUCGGAGGAUGCAGAGGGUGAUGGCGAGCUGGGCGGACGCAUCAUGUACAUGGAUCGGGAGGAGGAGCUGCGUGGCUAUAAUCGAUCGGCCAUUGAUUUUACUCUGCACACCAUUGUCGAGGAGAGCUGUGAGGAGAGUGAGGUGGCCUCCAUGCGUGCCGACAACGAGCUGGAGCAGGAGGAGGAGGAGGAUAUGGCGGAACGCAGGCGCAUGCGCACGCUGCAGCAUCAUCAUAGACUCAGCGCCUCCGAGCUGGAGAAGUACUUCUUCUUUGGCCUGGGCGAUGGCAAAGUCAUGAGCUCCAUUGACACGCGCGGCGAUGAUACCGCCUCGGAGGUCAGUUCCGAGUGCUCCGAAAGUCUGGACUCGUUGCCGCACGAUGAUCAGCUGCUGGAUGGCGCCAACAGUGCCGCAGAUUUGGCCUCAUCGCGCCUGGAAAAGUAUUUCCUCUCUGGCUUCAUGGGCUUCAGCGGCGGCGAGAAGCAGGCGGAGAGCGACGAGAGCGGCGGCAGCGUUGGCAGCGACAGCGAGGGGCAUCCCAGUCCCAGCCAGCGACGCAAACGGCUGGUGCGCGCACGCGGCACGCCGCGCAGUCACAACUCCUCUCUAGAUAAUCUGCUGCUACCCGAGGCGGAUACAAUGGACGCAUCGACAACUGCAGCUGCAGCAGCAGCAGCAGAGGACACAUCAGAAUCGGAGGCAGGCUGCGACGAUACCGUCAUACACAUGGCCAACGCAGUAGAUCGCGCCUCCGAUGGCAGCUCCUCGGACACCAUCAAGCGUAAGAAGCAGCUGCGCAAGCGUCACGAUUCGCUCGACGAGAAGAAGCUGCACGAAGCAGCAGAUAUGGGCACAUCUGUAUCUGGAGUUGGAGCCGACUCACAUACGUCCACGCUGGGCACAGCUCAGGCCAAGAAGCAGCAGCAUCACAGCCGCGACAGCGGCUUUGUGGGCAGCAACGAUGAUCUAUUGAAGUCAACGGAAUGCGAGCCCUGUAAAUCCCCUACGCCGGCACUAGGCCAGAUCAGCGAGGAUCGGGAGCCGCUGGCUGCAGCGGCUGCACUCAGCCUGCCCAAACUGGAGCUGCCCAGCACAAGCGCAAGCGCAGCUGCCACCAACAGCAUGCGUCGCAUGACACUGCAGCCGCCGACAGCAGCAGCGGCUGUGACAGGCAACGUCACCACCAGUUCGAAUCUGGUGCGCAAGGAUAGCUUCAACAACUGGAGCUCCGACGAGGAGACCAAUCUCAUGAUGAGCAAAAUGCGUCAGUUCUUCAAAACGCUCAUCGUGGCGACGGCCAAUGCACAGCAGAGUCAGACCCAGACGCAGACGCAGACACAGAACCUGGCCCAGACGCAGAAUCAGAGCGGUGGGAGCACGCCCAGCUCGGUGCGCCGGCUAGCCUGCAAGUCGGGUAAGUCUCGACCCGCACAGUUGGCCUAUUUCGAGAACGAGCUAACGCGGCUGAUGAAGACCGUGCCGGGCAUCAAUGAUGAGCAGGUGCGCGAGAUAGUCGAGUAUCUCAGCAGCGAAGACACCUGGUCAGAUUCGUAUGACUCCUCAGACUAUACCAGCUCCGACUUGGAGGGCUCCGAACACAAGGGCCAGCUGAAGGCGCAAAUCUCCGCCAGCUGCCAGCAGAUAAUCAACAAGUUCGAGGUGGAUGUCGAGGGAGUGCGCGGCGAUGGAGGUUUGCUAGACGAGACGCAUGCGCUCAAUGGCGACACGGCGUUUGUCUACCAGAAGCUGGUGGCUUCCUUCAGCAAGGUGGCUGCGGGAGAUACCAGCGAAACAGCGCCACAGCCGAAGCCCGUCGAGGCGGAUGAGGAUCACUUGUCCACGGGCAGCACGGAUCAGCGCUCGCCGCAGCUGUUUGCCAAGGUCAUGCAGCACAUAGGCACCCGCCUGGUGGCGCUGAUGCACGAAGUGAGCAGCGGCAAUGAGACGCCCACGUCCACGCGACACAGUCGGCGUGCGCAGGCCAAGAUCUCAGCUACCACAACGGAGGAUGAGGAGGAUGAGGUGGAGCAGCAGCUGCAGCUGAAGGCGCUGCCGCUAAAGCAGCUUAAGCUGCGCAGCCGCUCCCAUGAUCUGCUGCUAGAUGGCGGCGCCAACUCUGGACAACACACACAGCUCCAUGGCCAAACGCCUGGCCAUGCGGCGGGUCAUCAGCAGUCGGGGCCUACGGGCGUUGGGGCCGGCGACAAUGCCGGGGAGGAGUGCGGCGUGGCCAGCGAUUACGAGCGAUUCUCGUGGCGCGGCAGUUUUGAGUCGGCAUUACUGGCUAAUGGCGACUCCAGAACGAGGCUCAGCCAGCUGAGCCAGCUAGACAGGGACAACUCGUCGUCUGCGUCCGCUUUGGCUGUAGCAAAGCGCAGAUCUGCAGGCGACCUGCUGUUCAGCCAGCACCAGCAGAGCCUCAGUCGCGAGCAGCUGGAUCGCGUGCGCUCCUGCGGCAGCAUUGGCGGCGGCGAUGCCCAUCAUCAUCAGCUGGAGGCAUCGCCCGCCAAGCCCUGGCUCUCAUCGGCCAGCUCUUGUGCCGAUUCCGCCAAGGAUGUGCGCCGAUCCAGUGUGCCUGAUGCCAUCUACGAGACGGACUCCAGCGACGAAGGCCAAUCGGCCCAGUUCAGCUCGAAUCGCUCCACCUUGCCGCGCAGCUUAACUGGCAGCGUGCCGGUGGCCAGCACCAAUUCGCUGCCACGCCUGCCCACCAGCUCGGUGGCUUCAGUGGGCGCGGCUUUCACCAGCACGCCCAUCACCAAGUCGCAGAAUGCGCUCAACUAUACGCCCUCUUCCACGGGCAGCGCCAAGAGCGCACGCUAUCGCUCGCCAGGCUUGGCGGCACGUGCAGCUGCCGCCAACAGCAGCGGCUGCGCUGGCGUUGGCUCCGCCAGCUCCAUCAGCAGCGGCAGCAAAAAGCUUGGCGGUGGUCUCCAACAGUUCCUCUACUCGAAACGGGAUGCUCGCAAACGCCUGAACAUGUCAGCGGAGGAAGCCAAGGCCGCUGCCGAGGAGCUCAGCCGUUCGCCGGUGAUUGGACAGAGGAAUGCGGAUGCCGCCGCCUCCAGUCCCAUACAGUCGCGAGCCUCUAGCGAGGCGUGGCCGGCACAGUCGGAUGAGGACAUCGAUCGCCUGGUGGCCAUGCAUCAGAACCGGAGCAGUCUCAGCUCCCUGGGCGUUCGCUCGGAAUCCAUGGCCAGCGUUUAUUCGGGCGCCGGUGAAGGCCGCUAUGGCACCGUUGUGGUCAAGGGUCAGGUGGAGUUCGGCAUGCAGUACAACUACAAGCUGGGUGCCUUGGAGAUACACGUGGUGCGCUGCAAGGAUCUUGCCGCUGUUGAUGCCAAGCGCAAUCGCAGCGAUCCCUAUGUGAAGGUUUAUUUGCUGCCCGACAAGUCCAAGGCUGGCAAGCGCAAGACCAAAGUCAAGAAGCACACUCUAAAUCCAAUCUUUGAUGAGACGCUGCGCUUCCACACGUCCAUUUCCAGCUUGGAGUCGCGCACUUUAUGGUUGACUGUCUGGCAUUCGGAUAUGUUCGGCCGCAACGAUUUUCUGGGCGAGGUCAGCGUCAAUUUGCAGGGUCGUCUCUUUGACAAUCCACAGUCGCAGUGGUAUCUGCUGCAGGAACGUAGCGAACCCUUUGAUGAUGUGGCCACCUAUCGUGGCGAUAUUGUGGUGGGCCUGAAAUACAUUCCGCCGGAGAAUCUGAAAUCCUCGAUAUUCUCGCGCGGCUCCAGCCUGACAGGCAGCUCAUCGAAUCUACGCAAAUUUGGGGGCAGCAUCAAAUCGGUGGCUUCUAAGUCCGAUCGCAGUGCCAAGGGCGGCCAGCUGCAUGUGCUGGUUAAGGAGGCCAAGCACUUGAGUCCCAUCAAGGCCAAUGGCAGCUGUGAUGCCUUCUGCAAGAGCUACUUGUUGCCGGAUCGCACGCGCAGCUCCAAGCAGAAGACUCCGGUGGUAAAGCGCACCUUGCAUCCCAGCUGGAAUUAUACGUUCGUCUACGAAGAUGUCUCGCUGGAGGAUUUGUCGGAGCGCGCACUGGAGCUGACCGUCUGGGAUCACGAUCGCUUGGCCAGCAAUGAGUUUGUGGGCGGCAUACGCUUCUCCCUGGGCACAGGUCGCAGCUAUGGACGGCAGGUGGAUUGGAUGGAUGCCACCGGCAAGGAGCUAUCGCUCUGGCAGAACAUGCUAGAUCGUCCCAACUUUUGGGUGGAGGGCAGCCUCGUGCUGCGCUCCAGCCUGGAUGGCAUACGUGCCACAUUGCCAUAGGCACAGUACUCGUCACAAUUUGCACUGUAGUAAUUUAUUGCCUAGCCACAAACACACACAGGCACGCACACAGCAGACAAACACAUGCAUACCCACACCUACAUAUAAUGUUGCAGUUGGGGUUAUGCCGCAUGGCAUAUGAAUGCCCUUUGUAUUUGUAUUUGUAACUGAAUUUGAAUUUGUAUUUGUAUUUGUAUUUGAAUCGUAUUGUGUUGUAUUAAUGAGGAAAUGUGUAGCAAUUACAUAAUAGGGUACGAUGACAAGCAUUACUAGGAACUUAGGAACGCAUGAAUGAAAUUCAAGAUUCGAUUCGAUUGAUUGAUUGUUGACGCACUCAAGUUCGAUUCGAAAGUUAAGCACGCGAUUUAGAACGAUUUAGAAAGAUUUUGAAUACUCGAAUAUAUGGCAAUCAGACAUAUGUAUACCUAUAUUUAUAUGUGUAUAUACAUAAUAUGUCUGGCCAGGCAUCAGCAUUAGCAUUGGCAUUGGCGAUGAUACUACAAAUUAUCUAUAUUGUUUAUGUAGUUUAAGCAGCACAAUGUUCAAAUACGAAAAACCCAACAAACAAACUUAUUAAACAAAAAGCGUUAUCAAAUUAUUGCACUAAUUAUAAGCGGGUCAUAUCCCAGAAGAUACUACAAAUUGUAAACCAAACACGCAGAUUGCUCAGUAAAACGACGACGACGACAAAUUAGCCCCAUAUGCAUAUAUGUACAUCUAAGUGUAUGUAUGGCUAUGUAGGCUUACUUAGGAUCAUUUGUGUGUGUUUUUUUUUUGUCCAAAAAUAAAUGGAAUUUGCAAUUUUGCAUACUGUAUGCAUUAAACAUACGAUAAUAACUAAGCUCCGACAUAAACUCUAAGCUAUGUAAUACAUAAUAUGUUCUAGUACCUAUCCAAUAAUAAUCGAGAAAUACAAAUAACAACGUUUUUGUAAAUGCAUCUUUUUCGUUUUGAUUUUUACCUCUCGUUUUCGUUUUCCAACACUUAUACGGUCUAGCUCAUAAGUAAAAAGCAUUCUAAACUUACAUACAUAUACAUAAGCAUAUACAUAUACAUAUAUCAAUCCAGACUUCAAGCAUAUCGCAAGCACUGUACAACUAGAUGACAAAACAAACUCUGCAAGGCUUCAUAUUCGCAUAUAUACGAGUAAAUGAAUACUCUACUACUUCAUGACUAGAUACCCACCAGAACUCAAGUAAAUUGCAGCCAAAAAUAAAAGAUGAUAAACAAAAGCAUAAAAGAUCUAUAUGUAUGUCACACUCCCUCCAACCUCUUGUUGCUAAAAAUCUGUUUGUUGUGUAACUUUUAUAUACACAAAAUAUAUUAUAUACGACGAGGCAGCUCUGUAAGACGUUCGAUAAUACCUAAAAUCUAUUAAAAAAAAUACAUAUAAAAAAAUCUAAAAGAGAAAAAUUAUAUUUAAUAUAGAAAACGAAUCUUAUGAAUGCUUUCGGUGUAAGUUUACAUUGAAAAA